CCUUGAGUGAUACUGGAAGUCUUUAAGAAAAGCCAUAUGAUGUAACAUGGUGCUAGAUAAGAAAGGUAACUUAAUAUUAUGGAAGAUGAAGUGGAGAAGGGAGAAGGGAGGGUGAAGCGCUGAAGCCCUAAAUUAUAACAACGGCGAUAGAGAAGAUACAUGAAAAAACGUAAAGUCGACUGAACAAGUGGAGCUGGGAGGGCUUACAUCUACUAUCCUGUAUUCUACUCCCAUAAAUUAAGUACGUCAAGUGAAUUUUUGUUAAGCGAGUCAAACCCGUGCCUCUGUAAGAAUUGUCACGCUCAGAGAGAGCCAACCAGCCUCCACCAUCCAGAUGGCGGAUCCCAGAUUGGCCGCCAGAGUGUCAGGGAGUGGGCCUCUCUAGCUACUGUCUCUAUGGUUCGCAGAAUAUCCAGUUCGGGGGUUGACCGGGCCGGCGUUAGUGCGUGCGCGAGCUCUGGCGCGUGCCCGCUCUCCCGCAACUGCCAGAAGCCCGGGGUGGGAGGGGUGGGUCUGGGAACGUUGCGGCGGCGGCCGCCGCGGCCCCAGCCCCCAGGGCUAUUCCCGGGCCGAGUUUGCGCCGGGGACUCUUCCGUCGUCUCCUCAGGCGGCGCUCACCCGACCCUAGAUGGUGGGUCCGGAGGAUGCAGGAGCCUGUUCGGGAAGAAACCCCAAGUUGCUCCCGCUGCCGGCGCUGGAGCCCGUGGGCCAGGACAGGAAGAUGAUCCGGGCCACGGGCGGCUUCGGCGGAGGCGUCGGCGCUGUGGAGCUGCCGGUGGAGGAGGAGGAGGAAGAGGAGAAGGAGACGCCGCCUCAGCAGCUCCUUCGGCGCUACCUCGCGGCGGCCGGGGGACAGCUGGAGCCGGGGCUGUGCUACUGUCCACUUCCCGCUGGCCAACCCCGCGCGCCGCCGCCCCCGGCAGCCCCGCGCUCGGACGCCUGCCCGCGGGACUCAGGCUCCAAGCACCGAGGCGCGGAGGCGGUGGAUGCCCGUGCGCCGCGGCACAGAGGCAUGACCAACGGGGAUUCGGGCUUUCUGCCGGGCCAGGACUGUCGCGACCUGGAGGAGCCUCGAGAGCUGGCCCGCGCGGGCGGCCGGGACCCGCGCCACCGCCGCCUUCCCCCGGAGGGGCCUGGCGACGAGGGCGCGGACGGUGAGGGCAGUCCGUCCGACUGGGCCGCGCCACUCGAGCACCCGCUGCGGAGCUGCUGCCUGGCGGCGGCGGACGCCGAUAAGUCCCAGGGUGCGAGCAGCGGCUCGGGGGGCAGCCCGGCCAGCGACAGCAGCAGUAGCGAGGACUUGGAGCGGCCGGGAGCCGGCGCUGGGGGUCCACAGGAGGGCUCGUUGGCCGCCGCCUCCGCCGAGAGGACUAGCUCGGGCGCUGAGCCGCGCCCCGGCGUCUCGGACGUUCACGUGAACUCUCGGAACACGUUCGAGGUGAGCCGCGACCACCUGCCCCCAGCCGGGCCGCCGGUGCCCGCGCCCUCCGCGGAGCAGGGCGCCGCGGGGACCUCGGCCCGGGCUCGACGGAGCGGCGGUUUCGCCGACUUCUUCGCCAGAAACCUUUUUCCAAAAAGGACAAAGGAACUCAAAUCAGUUGUCCAUAGUGCUCCUGGUUGGAAAUUAUUUGGUAAAGUCCCUCCCAGAGAGAAUCUUCAGAAAACUUCCAAAAUCAUUCAACAGGAGUAUGAAGCACGAACAGGGAGGACCUGUAAACCACCACCUCAGUCUUCAAGACGUAAGAAUUUUGAAUUUGAACCACUUUCUACCACCGCCCUGAUUCUUGAGGAUCGACCAUCAAAUCUUCCUGCCAAAUCUGUGGAAGAAGCUUUACGUCACCGACAAGAAUAUGAUGAAAUGGUGGCUGAGGCUAAAAAACGAGAAAUUAAAGAAGCCUAUAAAAGGAAAAAAAUAAUGAAAGAACGAUUUAAACAGGAAGAAAAUAUCGCAAGUGCAAUGGUAAUUUGGAUCAAUGAAAUACUGCCCAAUUGGGAAGUAAUGCGUAGUACAAGAAGAGUUCGAGAAUUGUGGUGGCAGGGAUUGCCCCCUAGUGUUCGUGGGAAAGUUUGGAGUCUAGCUGUAGGAAAUGAACUAAAUAUCACUCCUGAACUUUAUGAAAUCUUUCUCUCAAGAGCAAAAGAACGAUGGAAAAGCUUUAGUGAAACAAGUUCAGAGAAUGAUACAGAAGGUGUAUCUGUUGCUGAUCGGGAGGCCAGUCUGGAAUUAAUUAAGUUGGACAUAUCCCGUACAUUUCCAUCCCUUUACAUCUUCCAGAAGGGUGGUCCAUAUCAUGAUGUCUUACAUAGUAUCUUAGGGGCAUAUACGUGUUACAGACCUGAUGUUGGUUAUGUCCAAGGGAUGUCCUUCAUAGCAGCAGUUCUCAUUCUCAAUUUGGAAGAGGCAGAUGCCUUCAUUGCGUUUGCAAAUCUCCUCAAUAAGCCAUGCCAGUUGGCCUUUUUUCGUGUGGAUCACAGCAUGAUGUUGAAAUAUUUUGCAACGUUUGAAGUAUUUUUUGAAGAAAAUCUCUCCAAACUAUUUCUUCAUUUUAAAUCUUACAGUCUUACACCAGACAUAUACUUGAUAGACUGGAUCUUCACACUGUAUAGCAAAUCACUCCCACUUGAUCUGGCCUGUAGAGUCUGGGAUGUAUUUUGCAGAGAUGGGGAGGAAUUUUUAUUUAGGACUGGAUUAGGAAUCCUCCGAUUAUAUGAAGAUAUUCUCCUACAAAUGGACUUUAUUCAUAUAGCACAGUUCCUAACUAAAUUGCCAGAAGAUAUCACAUCAGAAAAGCUGUUCAACUGUAUUGCAGCCAUUCAGAUGCAGAAUAGCACCAAAAAAUGGACUCAGGUCUUUGCCUCUGUAAUGAAGGAUAUUAAAGAAGGAGACAAGAAUAAUAGUCCUGCUUUGAAAAGCUAAUCUUCAAAAUUAAGACUAAAUGUAAUGUAAAAGAUGUUUUUUUGAUAAAAGUUUUUUGUUUCCUAUGUAAAAAACAUGGAAGAAAAUGUUGGAGAAAUCUAAACGAAUCAAGACAUGGGAAAGUGCUGAUUUUGAAUUCCAUGACUGAAGUUAAUGAAAUGAGUAACUGAUUGACAGUAUUAAUAAAAAAGUAUUUUGUAGAGAGCCCUUUUACAAAGGAAAAAGUUUAAAUGGCUAGUUCAUACUCCAUAAUUUGGAGUGAACAGUUUAAUGCGAUAAACUUUUUUAACAGCUUUGCAGAUUAUUCAAAUUAUUACAUCUUUUCUUUCUUAACAGUUACCAUAAAAGCACUUUGGAGGUCAGAGCUGAUUGUUAAAUACUACUUUAACUUCCAAAAUACUAUUUGAAGUAAACACCUUAGUACAAACAUUGUCUCCAGUUCUGACCUUUUGAAGAUAUUAGAGACCAAGAGUAAGCAACUUUGAUUGUAAAUUAUUUAAGUCAUUGAAGUCAUUACCUUCACUCACAGGUUGGGGGAAGUUUGGGUUUUCUGGGAACUGGAAAUACUGGUGGGAGCUUGUUUCACAUUCAAUUAGAUGUUUUCCACAGUAUCAUGUCUGUCUGUUUCUGAAGGGAAAUUGUUUCUUAGGGAAUUCCUGUCACUCAGAGAAUUUUAGCCUUUCUGUUUCUAGUGUAAGAAAUUGUUCUAUUACUAGAAUUAUUAAAUUCAUCUAGUAAUUUAAGAAAGCUAACUGGUAGAAGAAAAGUUCUUUGCACUUUAGUGGACUGAAGACUUGAUUUUGGAAGUAAGUCCAUAAAUAUCAAUGAGAUUUUUCACUGGUAAGAGUAAAACAUAUGAAUUCUGAGAGUUCUUAAAUAGCAUGCUACUUGGCAAGAUGUUAAACUUCUUAGUUGAAAUUCCUUCACUGUCUGUAGAAACAAAAUUUAAUUCCGUUUUAAAUUUGAAAUCUUAAUAUGUAGCCAAGUCUAUGACUUGUAAAACACUGUGCAUAAUUUUCUAAUCAAUGGAAAUAAGAGUAAAAGAAAAAGAUAAAAUUAACUUUUUUCUAACAAGUCUAACUUUGAUGGUAUAGUGGAUAAAGAAAUUAUUAAUUAUUGAUAAAUUCGUAUGAAAUUUAUUAUGUUUAAUCCUUGAACCUAAAUCACUUGAGUAUUAUAAGUGAUAUCUGUAUAACAUGCUCUUUUGUUAAUAAUUAGAUGUACAGUGUGCUUUUAUGUUGCAGUUUGGUUUAAAACAAAUCUUAAGCAUACUAUUUCUGGUAGCAGUAUGUAGUCUUCAAACUAACAAGCCUGAGAACCUUGUUAGUUCAGUGACUGCCUCUUUAGGAGUAUGGGACCAGAUGGUGUCCAUAUAUUUUUACCCCAUGGGUCAUUCUAGCCUAGGGACCACUAGUGGAACCCUCAGAAAUUAACUCCUAUCUUCGGAGCUUACUUAGUGGAAACUAGUAGUGUAAUAAUACUGAGGGAGUAUCCAGGGUCUUAAUAGGUUUUAGAAUGACAUUUUAACUCUGGUAACUACUUCCUUGGUAUUGGUGGUCCUGGUAACAGGGAAUGUAACCGCUGGCAGUAAUCUCAUUGAAGUUAUACUACCUGCCUAAAUUUAAUCUUACUUUUGUGUAUUUGUUUCCUGAGUUGACCUAAAUUACUGUAUUACUUUUUCUCAUUUUUAUUAUUGUACAGUUUCUUUACCUUUCAAAUAUAAAUGUGUAUAUAAAAUGUAAAUACAAGGAAUUCACUAAAAGCCACUAUUAAUAAUUACUGUGUAAAUAAAACUUGUAAGCCGAGUAA